AUGGACAGCCCCUUUGUGCAACCGUUCGUGUUCACCGGGCUGGAUUACUUCGGUCCAGUUCUCGUCAAGUCAGGCCGAAGCAAUGUGAAACGGUGGGUUCCGCUCUUUACCUGCUUGACCACCAGAGCUAUCCACUUGGAGGUAGUGCACUCCUUGAGCACGGAGUCGUGCAUAAUGGCGGUACAACGUUUCGUCUCUCGUCGUGGUCUUCCAAGAGAAUUUUGGUCCGACAACGCCACAUGCUUUCAAGGAACGAGCAACGAACUACAGACGAUCUCCGAAGCUUCGAAGCAGGCCAUGGCCGAGAAGUUUACCACACCGCAGACAACAUGGAAAUUCAUCCCUCCUGCAACACCCCAUAUGGGCGGUGUAUGGGAGAGACUCGUGCGCUCUGUCAAGGUAGCCAUCGGAGCGAUAAUUGAUGGACCGCGUAGACCGGAUGACGAAACACUUGAGACGAUUCUGCUUGAGGCUGAAUCAAUGAUCAACGCCAGACCGCUCACCUACGUUCCACUAGAAUCCGCGGAUGAGGAGGCGCUGACGCCCAACCAUUUUCUAUUGGGCAACUCGUCUGGUUCCAAGUUUCUCCCUGCAGAACAAAUGGACAUCCGUUCAACACUCCGAAGCAGCUGGAAACUGGCCAGAUUCAUUACCCAUGAAUUCUGGAAUCGGUGGCUAAAGGAAUACCUUCCUGUUAUUACGCGGAGAUGCAAGUGGUUUCAGGAAGUAAAGGACCUGGAAGUAGGAGAUCUUGUUCUAGUCGUCGACGGGAAGAUAAGGAACCAGUGGAUUCGAGGACGGAUCGAAGAUAUCUACCCUGGCCGGGAUGGUAGAGUGCGGCAGGCGAUGGUGCGAACGUCGACAGGGGUCAUCCGAAGAGCAGCCACGAAGUUAGCUGUUCUGGACGUCUUGGAGAAGCGUAAACCUACCCCCGGUGUUCCAGAAGUCCCAGAGCCUCAGCAAGGUUUACGGGCGGGGGUAUGUGCCGACACGACCCCUGGCUCUGGCAACACUAACCGGCACAGCACUACGACGAUCAAUGACAGCGUGAACCAACAUGACAUGAAUCUCACACGUCAUGUUGCGACCCUCGAUGAUAAUCUGAAAGUGCGUUGUCAUCAUAGCAAUCAGAAAGUUUAG